AUGGAAUUGUCUAAUAUAACUCUUGCUGUAGGGACUGUCUUUACAAUUACAUCAGUAAAUGCUACUGAAGAUGGAGGAUCUUAUGAAUGUUAUGUCUUCAAUGAAGCUGGAUACGAGAAUAACUCUACAACUCUCUACGUUCGACCUGUCAUAACAGAGCAACCAAAUGACCAGUUUGCAGAUGAUGGAGAAACAGUUACUCUCUCCUGCAGAGCCAUCUCCUUCCCCGCUCCAGACUAUCAGUGGGAAAUGAUGAACAGAAUGACAAGAAUAUUUGAAUCCAUUGAAAAUGCAACAGAUCCCACCUAUACUAUCUCAUCAAUUAACUAUGAUGAUUACGGCAGCUAUCACUGUGUUGUUACUGCUAAUGGUAUCACUGAAAACGCUACAUCAGAACUAGCUCUCAUUACAGUGUCUCCAAGAGGCAGUGUUACAAUUAGUCCAGACUUUGUUAUAACAGACAAUGGCAGUAGUAUCACAUUCACUUGUUCCGCCAGAGGAGGUCCAAAUAACACUUAUCUUUGGUUCCGUACAACAGAUAUCAACAUUGCAUUAGCUAGUUCGACUUUACUAACACAAUCUCCACUACCAAUCAACAAGUUAACAAUGGAAUUGUCUAAUAUAACUCUUGCUGUAGGGACUGUCUUUACAAUUACAUCAGUAAAUGCUACUGAAGAUGGAGGAUCUUAUGAAUGUUAUGUCUUCAAUGAAGCUGGAUACGAGAAUAACUCUACAACUCUCUACGUUCGACCUGUCAUAACAGAGCAACCAAAUGACCAGUUUGCAGAUGAUGGAGAAACAGUUACUCUCUCCUGCAGAGCCAUCUCCUUCCCCGCUCCAGACUAUCAGUGGGAAAUGAUGAACAGAAUGACAAGAAUAUUUGAAUCCAUUGAAAAUGCAACAGAUCCCACCUAUACUAUCUCAUCAAUUAGCUAUGAUGAUUACGGCAGCUAUCACUGUGUUGUUACUGCUAAUGGUAUCACUGAAAACGCUACAUCAGAACUAGCUCUCAUUACAGGGACUGUCUUUACAAUUACAUCAGUAAAUGCUACUGAAGAUGGAGGAUCUUAUGAAUGUUAUGUCUUCAAUGAAGCUGGAUACGAGAAUAACUCUACAACUCUCUAUGUUCGACCUGUCAUAACAGAGCAACCAAAUGACCAGUUUGCAGAUGAUGGAGAAACAGUUACUCUCUCCUGCAGAGCCAUCUCCUUCCCCGCUCCAGACUAUCAGUGGGAAAUGAUGAACAGAAUGACAAGAAUAUUUGAAUCCAUUGAAAAUGCAACAGAUCCCACCUAUACUAUCUCAUCAAUUAGCUAUGAUGAUUACGGCAGCUAUCACUGUGUUGUUACUGCUAAUGGUAUCACUGAAAAUGCUACAUCAGAACUAGCUCUCAUUACAGUGUCUCCAAGAGGCAGUGUUACAAUUAGUCCAGACUUUGUUAUAACAGACAAUGACAGUAGUAUCACAUUCACUUGUUCCGCCAGAGGAGGUCCAAAUAACACUUAUCUUUGGUUCCGUACAACAGAUAUCAACAUUACAUUAGCUAGUUCGACUUUACUAACACAAUCUCCACUACCAAUCAACAAGUUAACAAUGGAAUUGUCUAAUAUAACUCUUGCUGUAGGGACUGUCUUUACAAUUACAUCAGUAAAUGCUACUGAAGAUGGAGGAUCUUAUGAAUGUUAUGUCUUCAAUGAAGCUGGAUACGAGAAUAACUCUACAACUCUCUAUGUUCGACCUGUCAUAACAGAGCAACCAAAUGACCAGUUUGCAGAUGAUGGAGAAACAGUUACUCUCUCCUGCAGAGCCAACUCCUUCCCCGCUCCAGACUAUCAGUGGGAAAUGAUGAACAGAAUGACAAGAAUAUUUGAAUCCAUUGAAAAUGCAACAGAUCCCACCUAUACUAUCUCAUCAAUUAGCUAUGAUGAUUACGGCAGCUAUCACUGUGUUGUUACUGCUAAUGGUAUCACUGAAAAUGCUACAUCAGAACUAGCUCUCAUUACAGUGUCUCCAAGAGGCAGUGUUACAAUUAGUCCAGACUUUGUUAUAACAGACAAUGACAGUAGUAUCACAUUCACUUGUUCCGCCAGAGGAGGUCCAAAUAACACUUAUCUUUGGUUCCGUACAGCAGAUAUCAACAUUACAUUAGCUAGUUCGACUUUACUAACACAAUCUCCACUACCAAUCAACAAGUUAACAAUGGAAUUGUCUAAUAUAACUCUUGCUGUAGGGACUGUCUUUACAAUUACAUCAGUAAAUGCUACUGAAGAUGGAGGAUCUUAUGAAUGUUAUGUCUUCAAUGAAGCUGGAUACGAGAAUAACUCUACAACUCUCUAUGUUCGACCUGUCAUAACAGAGCAACCAAAUGACCAGUUUGCAGAUGAUGGAGAAACAGUUACUCUCUCCUGCAGAGCCAUCUCCUUCCCCGCUCCAGACUAUCAGUGGGAAAUGAUGAACAGAAUGACAAGAAUAUUUGAAUCCAUUGAAAAUGCAACAGAUCCCACCUAUACUAUCUCAUCAAUUAGCUAUGAUGAUUACGGCAGCUAUCACUGUGUUGUUACUGCUAAUGGUAUCACUGAAAACGCUACAUCAGAACUAGCUCUCAUUACAGGGACUGUCUUUACAAUUACAUCAGUAAAUGCUACUGAAGAUGGAGGAUCUUAUGAAUGUUAUGUCUUCAAUGAAGCUGGAUACGAGAAUAACUCUACAACUCUCUAUGUUCGACCUGUCAUAACAGAGCAACCAAAUGACCAGUUUGCAGAUGAUGGAGAAACAGUUACUCUCUCCUGCAGAGCCAUCUCCUUCCCCGCUCCAGACUAUCAGUGGGAAAUGAUGAACAGAAUGACAAGAAUAUUUGAAUCCAUUGAAAAUGCAACAGAUCCCACCUAUACUAUCUCAUCAAUUAGCUAUGAUGAUUACGGCAGCUAUCACUGUGUUGUUACUGCUAAUGGUAUCACUGAAAAUGCUACAUCAGAACUAGCUCUCAUUACAGUGUCUCCAAGAGGCAGUGUUACAAUUAGUCCAGACUUUGUUAUAACAGACAAUGACAGUAGUAUCACAUUCACUUGUUCCGCCAGAGGAGGUCCAAAUAACACUUAUCUUUGGUUCCGUACAGCAGAUAUCAACAUUACAUUAGCUAGUUCGACUUUACUAACACAAUCUCCACUACAAAUCAACAAGUUAACAAUGGAAUUGUCUAAUAUAACUCUUGCUGUAGGGACUGUCUUUACAAUUACAUCAGUAAAUGCUACUGAAGAUGGAGGAUCUUAUGAAUGUUAUGUCUUCAAUGAAGCUGGAUACGAGAAUAACUCUACAACUCUCUAUGUUCGACCUGUCAUAACAGAGCAACCAAAUGACCAGUUUGCAGAUGAUGGAGAAACAGUUACUCUCUCCUGCAGAGCCAUCUCCUUCCCCGCUCCAGACUAUCAGUGGGAAAUGAUGAACAGAAUGACAAGAAUAUUUGAAUCCAUUGAAAAUGCAACAGAUCCCACCUAUACUAUCUCAUCAAUUAGCUAUGAUGAUUACGGCAGCUAUCACUGUGUUGUUACUGCUAAUGGUAUCACUGAAAAUGCUACAUCAGAACUAGCUCUCAUUACAG